AUGGCCAACAAACAGCACAUCUGGUUCAACGAACCCGCUUCGAAAUGGGUCGAAGCCCUCCCAAUCGGCAACGGCAGACUCGGAGCAAUGAUCCACGGCAAAGUCCACAACGAGAUCUGGCAACUGAACGAAGACUCAGUGUGGUACGGCUCACCCCGUGACCGGAAUCCGCCGGACGCGUUAAGGAAUCUCCCCAGAAUAAGACAGCUCUUGGAAGCCGGGAAGCCGCGGGAGGCCGAGAGCCUGGCCGCGAAGGCGUUUAUGGGGAUUCCUGAGUCGCAGCGGCAUUAUGAGCCGCUGGGGGAGGUUCAGUUUCGGUUUUGGGGACGGCAGGGACAGGGAAAGAGACAAGAUGAAGAAGGAGAUGGAGGUGUCUGUGACUACAAGCGGUAUCUGGAUAUCGGGCAGGCGUUGUGCGGCGUGGAGUAUGGGGUUGAUGGUGUUGGGUUUCGGCGGGAGGUGUUUGCCAGUGCGCCGCAGAAUGUGAUUGUUUCGCGGUUUUCAACGUCCCAGGGUGGGAAGCUGUCGUUCGAUCUACGACUGUUUCGGGGUGAGGAUACGAAUGUGUUUGUGGAUGAGAUCAAGAUUGUCGAUGGAAUGAUCGUGAUGACGGCGCAGACUGGCGGUGGUGGCGUGCGGCUCUGCCUGGUGGCGAGUGUGCAUGUCGAGGGAGGAAAUGUCGAGACGAUUGGGGAAUAUAUCGUUGUGCGGAAUGCGGACAGCGCUGAGAUCCGACUGACUGCUUGCACGACAUUCCGGUAUCCAGACCCUGAGGCUACCUGUUUAGGCUGGAUGAAAGAGCUAGCAGGCCUCGCUUACCAGGAUCUCCGGGCUAUGCAUAUCCAAGAUUAUCAGUCUCUGUUCUCGCGGGUGGAGCUCUCCCUCGGCCGCGCUGAGGGACAGAGUGAUGAAUCCCUCGCCUCUCGAUCAACUAAAGAACGAAUGGCACUGGCUCGAAAGGGCCAGGUAGAUCUAGACCUCAUAGCCCUAUAUUACCAGUUUGGUCGGUACCUGCUAAUCUCCAGCAGCCGACCUGGAUACAAAGCCCUACCAGCAAACCUUCAGGGCAUCUGGAACGACAGCAUGAGCCCACCCUGGGGAUCCAAAUUCACGAUCAACGUCAACACGCAAAUGAACUACUGGCUCGCCGAGGUAACGAACCUCUCCGAGUGCCACGAGCCGUACUUCGACCACGUCAAGCGCCUAGCUGCGAACGGAUCCGUCACGGCGCAGACAAUGUACGGCUGCCAGGGCUGGGUGGCCCACCACAACACCGAUCUCUGGGCGGAUUCUGCGCCGCAGGAUCGAUGGAUCCCAGCAACUUUAUGGCCGCUCGGGGGCGCCUGGCUCUGCACCCACAUCUGGGAUCGGUUUAUGUUCACCCAGAAUCGGGACUUCCUCCGAGACCUGAUCGGGCCCUUGCGCGGGAGCGUGCAGUUCUUCCUGGAUUAUCUGAUCGAGGAUGGUGGAGCUGGGUACAUGGUGACAUCUCCAUCGCUCUCCCCGGAGAACCAGUACCGACACCCGAACGGCGAGGAAGGCUGCAUGUGCAUUGCGCCGACAAUGGACACCCAGAUCCUGCGGUCGCUAUUCGAGGGCUAUCUCGCUGCCAUUGAGAUCGUCGGCACAGAAACCGAUACCCCCAUCGCCACCCACGUCAAGCAAUACCUGGCCAAGCUGCCUCCCCUGCAGAUAGGCAAACACGGCCAACUCCAAGAGUGGCUCGAAGACUACGACGAAGUCGACCCGGGCCACCGCCACGUCUCGCAUCUCUGGGGUCUGUACCCGGGCACCCAAAUCACCGCCGACCACACGGCCCUCCUGGACGCCUGCAAGCAGACGCUGCGUCGUCGCGCCGCACACGGGGGCGGACAUACAGGCUGGAGCCGCGCAUGGAUGAUAGCCCUGUGGGCGCGUCUGCGCGACGGAGACGAGGCAGGGCGCCAGGUAGCGGAGAUCCUGCGCACCUCGACGCACGACAACCUGCUAGACGACCACCCGCCGUUCCAGAUCGAUGGCAAUUUCGGUGCGCCGGAGAUUCUCCCCGCGGAAGCAGUCGAUGUAUCGGGAUCCUGCUUCGGUCUCGCGCUCUACUUGGAUUGUAUGCUCCAUCAUGGCUAG